AUGGCUACCGGCUCGUCAGGCGAGAUCCGAAGAGGAUUCGCCAAGUUCAUUAGUGACCCAGGCGACUACGUCGGCUGGCGAACCCUGCAGACCUCCUUGUUUAUGGAGGACAAGCUGCACAAGGACAAAAACGGACUGAUCUGGUUUACACGGCUGAUGCUCGCCACAUCUGACACCGGGGGCUACCAGAGCGCGGCCUCGCAGACUGUGCAGGCAUACGCGCCUAUCGGGGCUUCCUACAACGGAGACGGUCGUGGAGCCUUCCUCGCCCUGGAACGAAAGUACCAGGCCGCUGGGGUAUACCGUACGCAGGAACUGCCCAAGAAGUUCAUAUCUUUGGCAGUUACUGCGGACCACGACUUUGACCCGGCCAAUGUUAUUCAAGACAUGCGCCGGAUCUGCACGGAGCUCGCCGUGACUCCUGUGCGGCCAAGCUGCUGGGAGCGUCUUGUCCUUCGAGGAGGUCGACGACGNCUCGCCCUGGAACGAAAGUACCAGGCCGCUGGGGUAUACCGUACGCAGGAACUGCCCAAGAAGUUCAUAUCUUUGGCAGUUACUGCGGACCACGACUUUGACCCGGCCAAUGUUAUUCAAGACAUGCGCCGGAUCUGCACGGAGCUCGCCGUGUAUAACGACGCUGUGACUGACCACCGAAAAAAGUUCGCUUUUCUAAAAGCACUGCCGGACGACCACUACAAAGAGUUCAAGACAGGACUCCUGUGCGGCCAAGCUGCUGGGAGCGUCUUGUCCUUCGAGGAGGUCGACGACGGAGCCACUUCGUUCCACGCGAUGCACAUUCGUGGUAAAAUUGCGUCGAAGAACGAGUCCGGAAGCAGCAGCCGUGCGCUGAAUACCGUCACACACGGCGGAGCGCGUUCUUUCCGUAAGGGCGGCGGUCAUCAUGGUCGUGGACGCGCGCAGCGCGGUGGACAAGGAGGACGUGGCAGCUGGAACAACUCGUCGAACCGUAACAACGGGUCCACGAGGGGGAACAACAGCAACGACCAGAACCAUGGUGGCGUGACUUCUGGCGACGGAGCUGGUGCGUCUUCCGACAACCGGUCCUCUGGACCGCCGAACCACACGCAGCAAAAACGCGGGUACGACAGGGACGGCCUGCGCAGUUACUGUCACAAUUCUACGGAACACACCUGGACGAACUGCCCGCUUCGCGCCUCCAAUGCCACGCGGUUUUCGAACCGUGAACAACAGCAACCACAGCAGCAGGUCAACACGACCGCGGAAGCCACGACACAGGCGUGGCUCACGCACGCACGCGAGGCAGGCANGCCUGCUGCAUCGACCCCUGAGGAGGCGUCCGAUGCAAAUGUCGGGCAGGUGCUGGCUGCGCCUGCCACAGCUUCGCUACAAUUGUUUGAGCGUGCUGUCCCAUUGCAGGUGCCGAUUGCGCCUGCCACAGCAGAGGAAACCGAGGAGCCUGCUGCCUCCUACGAGCAGGAAAAGGACCCGCCUGCCGCGAUACAGCAUGAGGAGCUGGUCGCGUACACCAACGUUUUUCGUGCAGUGGACAAGAUAGCGCCCGCCGAGAAUACGAGGGUGUUCAUCGACACCGCCGCUUCGGGACACAUGGUAAGCGGCGAGAGCCCAGUCUCACAAUAUGUGGUCGACUUGGUUGACUGCGACGUCCUCAUCAAGGGUCCGUGCGGCACAUCAAGCGCCACCAAGAAAGGUACGCUGAAGUUCAAACUCAAGAAUGACAAAGGUCAACCCGUCCCGAUAGAGUUGGAGGUUCUGCUUGUGCGGGACCGUGCCGAUACCGAUGCCGGUGUCUGGCACCGGAGGAUGGGACAUUGCAAUGCGCGCGUCCUGAAGCAGCUCCCGGAUAAGGAAGGCACCGGCAUCAAGUUUACAACCAACAUUCGACCAGCACGUAGACUCAUGCUUGGAGCUCCGCACCUGCCGCGUCAACUGUGGGCGGAAGCCGUGAAGGCCGCCAUUUACAUCAAGAAUCGCACACCUACUGACGUCCUGGACGGCAAAGCACCACUUGAGGUUUGGGAGGACAAACCACUCGGCAGCUUAAAGGACAUGCAUGAGUGGGGGUCUGUAGCGUACCCACGAACAAAACACGUAGAAGCUCGCUCGCGAAACGAUAAGUUUUCUACCAGGGCGAAGAAGUAUUACAUGGUGGGAUACAAUACAACCAGCAAGACGUGGCGGCUAUGGGACCCGGCGGAACCACUCAAAAUUACAAACUCUGCUGAAGUGUCAUUCCGCGAGGUAGAUGCCCGCGACGUCGCUCGCCCCAUGCACGGGUCUGACCCAUUUCCCGAAUAAGGCCAGAUUUUCCAGCCCGGCAUUAUCACUGGGGCCG